CUCUCUUAACUUUUUCCCGUAAGUAUGCACACCCAGCUCCUCUUAACUUAGUGAAAUUUUGACCUAUUCCCUCCAAAGCUCGUCAUCACCCUUUCAGAGAAGAAAACCCUCCAAAGCACGAACAAAACUUUUUCAGAGAAGAUCGAAAACCCUCACCAUCGCGAAGAUACUUAGCCAAAUCGCGAAUGAAACAUAACACUCAUCACCCUUGUUAGCUUUCCCUUCUUCUUCGCGCCACUCAUCACCCAAAUCAGAGAAAGAGUCUGCUAUCAUCACACCACUCACGGCGUAACUACUCACCUCCAGGAAGACUCUGCACUCACUCAUCUUCACCACUCACCCCGCAGUCACUCAUCUUCACCGCACCAUCGCUUCUCUUCGUUGUGCGCUCACAUCAGGAAGAUGCUGCGCUCAACUGAAAGCCUUUUUUUAUUUGCUCAUCAUCGUCGAGAAGGAGAACUCAUUCUUGUAGGUUCGUUCACCACAAGCCCUAGGUUCGUUCGUCUAUUGUCUUUUCUUGCGAUUUUGUGUAUCAAGCAGCGGAGGAGAUAACUCAAAUCAAAACUUCAAGCAGCGACGAGACUGUUGGUAUGCCUCUUCCCCCACUAUUCGUUUGUAACUGAUUCAUCUCCACUCACCGCGAUGGAGAACUGAGAUGGUAGUGACGAUAAACCGGGACAAUGGAAUAAGUAAAGCUGCAAAAUUCAUGAGAGCCAAUUGAAUUUCUCUUUUUAAAGUACCGAAAGAAACAGUAGAGCUACUUGAAAAAUCUGACCUGUAUUUCUUUAGCCCCGAGCAUCCUCCAUUGAUCGAACCAGCUCAGAAAGCCUUUGACUGGGCCGUGGAUGAGAAAUUGAAGUUAGAUACUGCACUUAUUUAAUUGAUCUGCCCUGUUUCUAUCCAAGGAACAAGCUUUUGCCUUCUUCGAUUUCGCCUGCUGCUCUUCACGCUUCUAGCGGAAGUUUUUCGUUAAGGUCUUCCAAGCAGAUUUUGUCAAAACGUUGAUCAUAUCAUGGCAAGGAAUAAGGAAUUUAUUGAUCUUAAAGCUUCAUCAAGUAAGAAUUUGCUUAGACAAUUUGAGGCUGAGACAAAGGAUUGUAAUUGAACGCAAGAAAUAUGAAAUGGAAGCUGCAACUGCUAAUGACAAGGAGAAAUCUGAGCAAAGGGUGGAUGAACUAGAAAGUCAAAUGGAGAUGCGUGCAACCAAAGGGUAGAAGAAAUCCAUGUCAAAGAAGCUGGAUUUUAGUCAUUUGCAAUGCACUUUCGAUUCUAUUAGCAAAAGGACUAAUUCCAUGCUUACCACCUUGGAAGUACAGCCUUCGCAACAGCCAGAAAAUAAAAAAAGAAAGGAACUAUUAACUGUGCCUACUGCUGAGAAAGUCAAGAAUGGAAUGCAGGGUAGAAAAUCAACACAAGGCUUGAAGAAUUCUAAGCCUACAAACAUGGAGGCAGAUGAACUUACAAGGAAGCUCGAAGCAAUUCGUAAAAGGAACAGCAACGUGCCAACAAGUGUAAGCCAAGAGCGGAGUUGUCAAAGUUCUACUCAACUCACAAUCAACCAAGGGCAGCAGCAGAAUAUUCAACUCACAGAUGAAGAGACUGAAAUAGGACAAGAUGACACAACUUUGCCUACUCCUGAAAUUACCCCACAAAAUGAAAGUGCAAUGUUGGAGCAAGGAAUAUCAACAAAAGGUAAGAGGAUGCCAGGAGUGAAGGCUACAACAAUUGACGAAUUCUUAAAGGAAAAUGGGAUAGACAUUGAAAUUGAAGGACCAAGCACUGAACUAAGCAAGGACGGGGAAGAAAGCAUGGCACUUGAUGAAGACUAUUAUCAACAUGUGAUGGAGGACAUUGAUGAUGAAAAAGGAGAGCCAAAGAAGAAGAAAAUCCGUGGAAAAACAACUUGUAGGGAGAUUUAUGCAAGGACUAUGGAACAGCGGGAAGAAGUCACUUUUGGUAUUGGACAGCCCAUAGGACCAACCGACCAAAAUGUUUCUAAUUUAACUAGUUUUGUUAGCACGAUUGGUAGAAAUAAAAGAUUCGUUAGUCUUUUGUACACUAGUUGGCAUGCUGUUUCUCCUAAAGCUCAGAAGUUCAUGUGGGACUAUGUUAACGUAAGACACUCGACCAAGUUUAUCCUCCCAGACAGUGGAAAAAGUGGGUAAUGCAAGCGAUUCGAGAUGCUUGGAAGCGGUUCAAAGGAAAGAUUAAGCAAAAGCACUUCGUUCCCUGUGAUACUAUUUAAGAUAUGGUGAAGAAUCGACCACCACAAGUACCAAAAAGUCAAUUCAUAAAAUUGAUUUAUUAUUGGAGUCAUCCUCUAAUCCAGUCAAAGAAACAAGCAACACAAGGAAAAACAGAAGUUUCCACAUCACAUGGGGCCAAUCAAUUUCGAAAGAGUACGAAUGGCUCUGCGAGCAACAAAGAAAACAAACGAGGAACCAAAAAGGUUUGAGAUAUUCAUUGCUACCCGAACAAGUCGAAAGAGGAAAGAAGUUGAUGAGGAAACAUAGACUGCUAUUAAGACAUCCAACACCGCCAAGCUGCUGGUGAAACAGAAGAUGAAGCAUUUGAGGCCUUAUUCGGGAAAGAACAACCAGGUCGGGUAAGGUUGUAUGAAAGAUCUAUGACAAAAAGUGAUUUAAAAAAACAUGCUGAAAUUAAUGAAAUCAAGAAUCGGCACAAAGAGGAAGUGUCUAGUCUGAAGGAUAAACUUAGACACAUAUAGGCCAAACAGCAAAAACAAGAGGAAGAGAUUCAUGGGUUGUAAAAUAUGGUCAAGUUAAUACGGCAGUGAUCAGAACUUGGAAUGAGGCCAGAAGAACUAGAAGCUUUAUUACAAGACACCCAACAGUCUUCGAUUGAGGCGAAUAACGGCCAUGGAUCAACUCAUUUUCUGAACUUAGAUGUGGUAUGUCCUUAUCGGUUCCUUGUUCCAUAGUUUUUUGCUUGCAUUUACAUUAAUUGCUAUGGCUGAAAAUUAUAUGUUGUUGGCUUUAUUAACACCAAAGUUGUAUUGCUAUGGCUGAAAUUUGUUUGUGCAAUUCUGGUUGUUGUAUUUCUGAUUUGGGGCACUUGGUACAUACGAAUUUGUCCCUAUAUCUAAUUUAAGUGUGAAAGUCUGGUUAAUUAGUGCAUGAACAGUGCUAUAGGGACAUAUAGGAUUGUGUUAAAGGAAAUGGAAGAAAGAAACACCUGUAGAUUUUCAUGGUUUGAAUGAAACAAGAUAAUGCAUAAUUCCUUGAAUUCACCUCUUUUGCCGUGACCAUGUUUUUUUUUUAUAUACUUUCUUGGUUUACUAUGUCUACGUGUUCCCUUCAUUACAAGCUCAAGUGGGAAAAUCUUGUAAAAUGUUGCUUUUGAUUUGAACAGAAUAAUAUUACUGUUUUCUAAUCUCACCAUGUAUGCUAGUAAAAAACUUUAAAUUCUUACCUUUUGUUUCUCAAACGUUCUUGCUGCACUGAAAUACUGAUGUUGUAUGUGUAAGGUUCUUUUAUGCCGUAAUAAUUUACUACAAGUACAUGUUGGCGCAUUGGCAAUUGCUAUUGCUCUUCUGUCUUAAGUUGUGUCGAUCGAAGUUCUUCGUCUCCCUAAUAUGUAUUUCACAAAAUCAAACUUUUAAUCAUAUUUUGUUUCGGGCAUCUAGAGUAGGAGUAUAAACUUUUUAAUCACUUAAAUUGUCCCUAAAUUUAACCGUUUCAGGUGCUAUUGUAGUUGGUUGCAGGGGUAUCAAAAAUUCUAUGAGUACUUUGCUGGUUGUGGUUUAGUAGUAGAUGUAGAAUCUAAUUUUGUAUAUUAUAUCUAAUUUUUAGUAGUAGAUGUAUACAUAUAAAGAACUUAGUAUUUGAGGGUUUGGUGCAUUUCAAGUUUUCCUCACCUUCAAUGUGUUUGAUACAAUGUGAGUGUCAGAGUCAGCUUGCUUUUUAGUAGCUUUUUUAUUUGUUUUAUUUUAUUGUGUGAAUUUGCUUUUGGAAUUUUCACUAUUGGAUCCUUGGUUUUAUUUUUGAAUGUUGGCUGAUCUGUUUUGUUAUGGUAAGAAAUAUGCAUGCUGAGAUAAAGAUAAGAAGUCUGCGCAUUUUGUUAAUAAUGUUGCUAGUUUGAUUUAUGAGCUUAUUGAUUGUGUGCUCCUUUGGGUGAUUUUACACUUGAGCUGUUUGAUGAAAUGCGCAAUAGGUUUAUACAUAUAAAAUCUAAAAAAAAUUAUAAUUUUUGUAUACUAAAAUCUUGAUAUAACAAAAUUUCAUUUAAUUUUUAUAAUUACGAAUGUUAUUAUGAAUAUUUUUCUAGCUACUUUUCUAUA